AUCGUUGUGUAGCACAACGCUGUUUGUUUCCACGAGUCGCGUUACGAUCGUGGGAGAUUGAUGUUCGCGCAGUAGACACGUUUUUCAAAGGCAUACAGUGUUCGUGGGCAAAAUGUGUUCAGUGUGUGAUAUCGUGUACCUCGUAUCCCCUAAAAAUAAAUCAAAGACGGUGUCUCGUCUAACCAUGAUCGUGUUAUAAUUUACCUAGGAGAUCUAUGACCGCUGGAUUAUUAUUCGCAGCUAUGUUCAACUUCUACACGCGAUAAGCCCGCGUGGCACAAAUUGAUACCAAAACCAAAUGUUCCUUGUACACUUUUCAACUCGUGAUAGUAAUAGUUAAUUAACGACAAUACACGUGUACAUUUUAGAUGUUAGAAACUUCGAAAAUACUUCUAGGAGAACCUGUUACGACUUCGAAUCCAUGUUCCAAAGAUAGUGUACAAAGUGAUAAGUAAAAAUCAGGAUCAGAAGGAUGGCUCGUCACGGCAGCGAAAGGUCCUUGCAUUCGCCUCAAUCGAUGCAUCCCGACUCCUCGGGUCGCGUGAGCAGCCCGAACACAACUGCUAUCACGGAAUUGACACCUUUAGAAUCAGCAACAUGUACUGACAACAGUACGAUGAAGGUCAAUGUCAACAGCGUGGUUUGCACGACAGGAAGUGUCUCGGGUACCGUACCGUCUCCCUCGAUAUCCUCGACAUCCUCUUCCUGCGAUUCCCGUAUUCCACGUCCCUCGCCUACAGGUCUGCGUCGUUCGGUCAGUAUGCGCAUGCGCGGUGAACGAAUUUCACCUAACCAACCACCACCACUACCACCCAGUACCGCGGCGACCGCGGCCCUGAACAGGCACGGUUACUCUUGUCGUCGUUCUAAUCAUUUGCAACACCAUCAUCUGGACCAUCGUACCUUUCCAGUCAUCACGGAGAAUGGAACUGAAUCACCUCGACAACGAUCUCUUAGCCUUUCAUUGACCCCGGCGAGGCCGCGACCUGGAUACGCGGCCUCUGGAGGAUCAAGCACUGGAAUUGCCGACGACAGUGAUGCGGAUAGCGUAAAAAGUUAUGGAAGUGCCUGCAGCACCGCAAGCGCCUGUGAUCAUGCCACCUUCGCCCUCAAUGGUACCACAUGGUCAGGUAGAUCACGAAAGUAUGUUGUUCAUUGUUCGAAUCACACCGGUGACAAUGAACAAUACCUCACUCCUACGCAAAGGGCAGCUAGACAAGUUAGGAAAUUUCAGGCGUUACUAAAAGAAGCUAGAAAGGAGAUCGAAGAGAAGGAUCAGGAAAUCUUUCGGCUAACUAAAGAAGUGGUGGAGUUAAGAUUGUAUAAAGCUUCACUGAACAGUCCAGAUGAGAGGACGGACAGCAGCGAUGCUCUCACCGUACGAGAAAAUAAUCCUUUCUCGCCAGAAUCACCUAGCAAGGAUUUACCGGAUGAAGGUGCACUGCAAAAGGUUGCGAGUCCAGAUACACCCGAGAAACGCGUCCAUUCCGAUUUACCUUCCUCUCUGGCGGACUCGGGUCAUUUUGAGGAUGGUUCCGUCCACUCGAAGGAUUCUGUGUUUUUACCAGAAGCGCAACCGGAAACUAGCCAGGUUACUACAACGCCCGUCAAAGUUCCAGAAGACGACACGUCCGAAACGUUCAAAUCAGCCACAGAAACGCCGGAAAGAGACGAAGAGAGACGCAAACUGGUGAACCUUUAUGAAAGCAGAAUCGAGGAAAUGCAUCGCAGACAUGUUGAUGAACUGCAGGAACUGAAGCAAAAGCAUAAUGAUAAGGUGGAAAGUUUACUGAAUCAAUUGGCUGAAAUAAACACACGUUAUUGCGAAGUGAGACCUUCUGUUGAUACCGCAGAAGCUCGAGCGCGUGAACUGGAGGCGGAAUUAGAGGCUGUGAAAGCGGAACUCGCUGAACAAAAGACUUUGUUAAGUGAACAAGAAGAAAGAAACAAACAAAUGUACCUGAAAAUGUAUGCCAAAGGUCAGGAGGCUGCACGUAUAGAACAAGCUGAUCAGAUACUUGAGCAUGCUCAUCAAACACCACCAAAGGUUACCGUUGCAGAACUACUUCAACAAUUAACAGUUACACAAGCAGAAUUAGAAAAUAUCAAGGACACAAGCUACUCGCCUGAACCUCACAUUUCAGCCGAUCGUAGCCACAGUUUAUUAAGUGCUCAGGAGGCUGUUUCUCUCUGGGUCCUUGGCACACGUAAGGCAAUGUAUCGACGCAUCGUAGAAGCAAGAAGUAAUCAAGGUGCCCUUGAUCCAGAGAUAACUUUACAGUUCCUAAAAUCAGCUAUCUAUUAUUUCCUAACUGACAAAGAAAAUCAUCAUGGUCAUCUGAAUGCUAUUGAAAGCAUCUUAGGAUUCAGUGAAGCUGAAAAGCACAAUAUUGAUAAAAUAUAUAGAUCAACAAGAAAGUAACACAUUCUGAUGCUUUUUCAUCAAUUAGUUUCAGUAAUCAGAUGAACUAUUAUUUACCACUAUUGCAAGAAAUCAGGUACGAAUCAUGUUUCAUUCACAUUCUAUCUAAAAUCAAUCCGUACAAAUUGGAAUUUGUAUGUCUGAUUAAUAUAACAACUCAUAGAACUGUUAUAUCCAUUUUUAUCGCGAAAAUUGUAGAAUUCUUAUUUCGAUUAUUUUUAACGAGCUUCUAGAUUGGUGCGGAAUAUAUAUUAGCAAUUAAAUAAAUUAAUGUAAUUGUUGAAUUACAAUUGAAAGGCUGAUAUUCUGUGUUUACCUAUUUCAUUAUUCUAAUUUUCACAUCAAAUAAUUAAGAUAUAUUUUCUUUAAGUAAAUGAUGGUCACUAAAAAUUAUUAACAGUUAGUUGGAUUAGAGAAAUUUUUGUACAAUUUAGUUUUUGUGCACUAAAUUUGCUUGCUUUUUUAAAUUCAUACAAUAGAUA